GACGGCAGAUCUAUUUUUUUUGAAAAUCAAUUUUAUGUUUUCUAAUUUGCGAGGAGGACUUUCGUAAAAUGCACUGUCGGAUCAGCUAGAAUCCGUUUCGCAGGCCGCCAUCUGCCAUGACUCGAUCUGCAGAUCCCCAACACCGCCGGUCCGUUGACCUCGUUCCCAGCACUUUUUGACGCCCUCAUGACUCCAGGCCGCCCGGCGUUGAGUAACUUCCUUUUGCUGCGGUAGACUGGAGGCCAGGGGCCGCGGACCUGGGACUCCCCAGAGUCAAGUUUGAUGCAUGGAUCCCAGCAGGACUGGGAACAGAAGCAUGAGGAGGAACAUGUUCCUCUGGUGGAUCUUACCGCUUAUUCCCCAAGGCUUUGUUCGCCAAGUCCGAGGAGAACUUCCUUUUAUGCCGGGAAACAACGCCGCCAUGCUGGUCAACUGGAAUGCUGUUGACGGAAACAAGAAGUUGUUCGCCAUCUAUGACACAAGCAGCGUUAACGAGCCGGGCAACAUGUCUUUCGUGAAGGAGACGGUGGAUAAACUCCUCAAGGGCUACGACAUCCGACUGCGGCCGGACUUUGGAGGUGCUCCCGUAGCAGUCGGGAUGAGCAUAGACGUGGCCAGCAUAGACAUGGUGUCUGAAGUCAACAUGGACUACACGUUGACAAUGUAUUUCCAGCAGUACUGGAGGGACAAACGUCUGGCCUAUGUCGGAAUCCCUCUCAACCUCACCUUGGACAAUAGAGUAGCAGACCAGCUGUGGGUACCAGACACCUAUUUCCUCAAUGACAAGAAGUCCUUUGUCCACGGAGUCACCGUCAAAAACCGCAUGAUCCGUCUUCAUCCAGAUGGAACCGUUCUUUACGGCCUUAGGAUAACUACGACAGCGGCAUGCAUGAUGGAUCUCAGGAGGUAUCCCCUGGAUGAGCAGAACUGCACUCUGGAGAUCGAGAGCUAUGGCUACACCACAGACGACAUCGAGUUCUACUGGAAGGGAGGCGAAUCGGCCGUCACAGGGGUGACGCGCAUCGAGCUGCCACAGUUCUCUAUUGUCGACUACAAGUUGGUUUCCAGAAACGUGGUGUUUUCCACAGGUGCCUACCCUCGGCUCUCUCUGAGCUUUAAGCUGAAAAGGAACAUCGGCUACUUCAUCCUACAGACGUACAUGCCAUCCAUCCUGAUUACCAUCCUCUCCUGGGUCUCCUUUUGGAUAAACUACGACGCCUCGGCAGCCAGGGUGGCUCUAGGGAUCACCACGGUGCUGACCAUGACCACCAUCAACACUCACCUGAGAGAGACGCUGCCCAAGAUCCCGUACGUGAAGGCCAUCGACAUGUACUUGAUGGGCUGCUUUGUCAUGGUCUUCCUCGCCCUCCUGGAGUACGCAUUCGUCAACUACAUCUUCUUCGGGCGGGGUCCUCAGAUGCAAAAGAAGCUGGCUGAAAAGGCGGAAAAGGCCAACAAUGAGAGGGCAGCCAAGUAUGACGCCGCCAGGGAGGCAGGUAGUAGGGCGGCAUCCCUAAAACGCUCCAAUCAGUUUAGAGGCCUUCGCCACUCGCGCUCGGCGGAGCCGGGCCACGGGAACAUCCUGCUGACCACGUUGGAAAUCCACAACGAAGUGGCGGGAGGGGAGAUCACCACCAGCGUGGCGGACAUCAGAAACUCUCAGUCCAUGGUGCAGCUGGACAGCACGGCCUCGUCGCACAUCCAGUACCGCAAGCAGAGCGGCGGCAACGGCCAGCGCUCGGCCAGUCGCCAUUCCUUGGAUCGGGCAGCCCAGAUGAAACGCAGCCGCCUGAGGAGGCGGUCGUCGCAGCUGAAAAUCAAAAUCCCCGACCUGACGGAUGUAAACGCCAUCGACCGUUGGUCACGGAUCAUCUUCCCCUCCGUUUUCUCCCUUUUUAACCUCAUCUACUGGCUCUACUACGUCUGAUC